AAAGAGAAAAAAGAGAAGAGAUAUUGAUGAAUAUAUUAAACGGCUCUUUGUUGAAUGUUGAUAAAGUUCUGUUCUUUUUGUUUUUGGAUUUCUAUGUUAGGGAAGUUUGAUCGAAUAUUAUGCGGAAUACUGUGUUUUUCCAGCACUGAUUUAUAUGGGGGUUUCUUUUUGAUGUGUAUUAUACAGAGUUGAAUUGAUCGACUUAGAGAUAAAUGGAAGAUUAGAUUUGGGAUUUUAAAAAAAAAUUGUGUUGCUGGAGAAAUAUCUGAUGCUGAUUUGAGUCCGGAGGGACCGAACAAUGUCGUCAAGAGGCGAGCAUCAGUCGGUCCCAUUGUCUGUGUUGUUGCAGCGUGAAGUGGCCCAUGAGAAGAUUGAAAAUCCCGAGAUUCUCCAUGGUCAAGGCAGCCAGAGCAAGAAAGGUGAGGACUUUACGUUCCUCAAGACCGGAUGCCAACGGGUUCAGGGAGAGGGAUUCACCACCUAUUCUGUUUUCGGGCUAUUUGAUGGGCAUAAUGGGUCUGCUGCCGCUAUAUAUUCUAAAGAAAAUCUCUUGAAUAACAUUUUGAGUGUCAUCCCAACAGAACUCAACCGGGAUGAAUGGGUUGCAGCACUGCCUAGGGCAUUGGUUGCCGGAUUUGUGAAAACCGAUAAAGACUUCCAAGAAAAAGCUCACACUUCGGGAACGACUGUCACGCUUGCUAUAAUUGAAGGAUGGGUUGUAACAGUUGCAUCAGUUGGCGAUUCUCGAUGCAUUCUUGAAUCUGCUGAAGGGGAGAUAUAUUAUUUGUCAGCGGAUCAUAGACUUGAAUGCAAUGUAGAGGAAAGGGAACGCAUUACAGCGAGCGGUGGAGAGGUUGGCCGGCUUAAUACGGGUGGCGGAACAGAGAUUGGUCCUUUGAGGUGCUGGCCUGGUGGUUUAUGCCUCUCAAGAUCGAUCGGUGACAUGGAUGUCGGUGAAUUCAUAGUUCCCGUGCCAUAUGUAAAGCAAGUCAAGCUUUCUUCAGCGGGGGGUAGGCUUAUUGUCGCAAGUGAUGGUGUUUGGGAUGCUUUAUCUGCGGAAGCAGCUUUUGAGUGUUGUCGUGGGAUGCAGCCGGAUGCAGCGGCUUCACAAAUUGUUCGAGAAGCUGUGCAGCCAAAAGGGCUUCGAGAUGACACGACUUGCAUUGUGAUUGAUAUACUACCCGCAGAGAAGGCGAACCCUCCACCACCACAACCCAAAAAGACGGGGAAAAGGGUGCUUAAGGCAAUUUUCCGCAAAAAGAAUAACGAAUCGUCUUCGAGAAAUGGGAAAGAGUAUUGUGAACCAAAUGUCGUCGAGGAGAUAUUCGAGGAAGGAUCGGCUUCACUUGCAGAAAGGUUGGACGCAGGGUACCCGAUUUGUAAUGCGUUUAAGUUGUUCAUGUGCGCUGUCUGUCAAGUCGAGAUAAAACCCGGAGAGGGCAUUUCAGUACACGCAGAGUCAGUGGAUUCAAGAAAAUCGUCGCGCCCUUGGGAUGGCCCUUUCCUCUGCACCAGCUGCCAACAGAAGCGUCGAGCUAUGGAAGGCAAGAAACCUUCUGCCGAUGCCCGAGAUGGAAGCAACUAGCUAACGCCAUUUGCAGUUCAAUCACUAACGUACCGUUUUAUUCAACGCCAGUGUCCCCGACCAAAUCCCGUCCCUUUUUCAACAAAACCGACAGUUGAUGCUUCUCGUGAUGAUGUUCUUGAGAUACAAUCAUCAUCUUCCGCAAACGCCUAAACAAGGGUAAGAUCUUCAUUGUACAUAGCUCGGUCUUGCUGGAAGCCCGGAACACAUUUCUUAUACAGAUAUUCAUAUUCUUCAUUUGUGGUGGCAAGAUUAUGGAAAUCUUAAGAUCAUUCUAUUACACUUUGAUUACUUAUUUUAUAGGAUUCUUAGGAUUUCCCAUUGUUCCUAAGUAGAAAGAUUCACAAUGUUUCAAUCCUUAACAAAGAGAAUCCUAUGCCCUCUGCAUUGAUUUGGUUCCAUUUGUACUUUUUAUUACUGUAAUUACAAGAUAUUCUGAUGUACUC